AGAUUGCAAUCUGUAAUGGAAAGUUCAGCAGCAGCAGCAGCAAUGGAGAAACCAGUGAUGUUAGUCGGAGUGGACGAGAGCGAUCACAGUUUCUACGCGCUGGAAUGGACUCUAGAUCACUUCUUCGUUCCAUACGCUCCGAAUACUCCUUUCAAUCUCAUCAUCAUUCAUUCUAAGCCAACUCCAUUAACCGUUAUCGGAAUCGCAGGCCCUGGUGUGGCGGCUGCUCUUCCGUGCGUUGAAUCGGAUCUGAAGAAGAUAGCUACUCGAGUUAUUGAGAAGGCUAAGCAACUUUGCAUCAGUAAAAACGUACAUGGUGUAUUAUUGGAAGCUGUUGAAGGUGACCCUAGAAAUGUCCUUUGUGAGUAUGUUGAGAAGCAUCACGCCUCGAUGUUGGUCAUAGGCAGCCAUGGCUAUGGUGCUAUAAAAAGGGCUGUUCUUGGAAGUGUUAGUGACUAUUGUGCCCAUCAUGCGCACUGCAGUGUCACGAUUGUGAAGAAACCGAAGAACACACAUUGAUUGAUCGAAAAAAUCAAU